AUGGGGAGCACAAGUGCUAGUGCCCUCAUCCAUAAUCUUCACCUGAACAACACCAACUACUAUUUCAGAUGCUUAAAUUCUAAAGGAAUUCCCAGAACUUCGUUUCUUAUCAACCAACGGAAACCCGCCAAGUUGAAGUUUCUAAGUAGCAAAGAGUGCAGGAAAUUCGGCAGAGUUGUUUGCUGUGCUGCUGAAGAAGAUGAAGCUCAAAAACAACGGGAAUUCAGUGGUGGUGUUGGCUCAGCAGUUGAAGAUAGGCCUGGUGAAGAAGAAAAUCCGUUUCUGAAUAAUGAAGCUGAUGAUGAAAGCAGUCCUCUUUACAAUUUUCUUUAUCCAAGUAAAGACCUUCUCCCGGAUGAUAAAGAAAUGACCAUAUUUGAUCAUUUGGAGGAGUUGCGAGAGCGAAUUUUUGUCUCAGUUUUGGCUGUUGGAGCUGCUAUUUUAGGUUGUUUUGCAUAUUCAAAGGAUCUCAUAGUUCUUCUUGAAGCUCCUGUUAGAGAGCAGGGUGUUCGUUUUCUCCAACUAGCCCCUGGAGAAUUUUUCUUUACCACAUUAAAGGUUUCUGGUUAUUGUGGCCUCCUUUUAGGAAGCCCGGUAAUUCUCUAUGAGAUCAUUGCCUUUGUUGUACCUGGUUUAACACGGGCAGAAAGACGAUUCCUAGGUCCAAUUGUACUAGGAUCCUCCGUGCUCUUCUAUUCAGGCAUUGUGUUCUCCUAUCUCGUUCUCACUCCAGCAGCCUUGAAUUUCUUCGUUACUUAUGCUGAAGGAGUUGUGGAAUCACUGUGGUCUAUUGAUCAAUACUUUGAGUUUGUCCUUGUUCUAAUGUUCAGCACUGGUUUGUCUUUCCAGGUCCCAGUCAUUCAAUUGUUGCUUGGGCAACUUGGUUUAGUAUCAAGUGAGCAGAUGCUCUCAAUUUGGCGCUACGUUGUGGUUGGAGCUGUAGUUGCUGCUGCAGUGCUCACACCAUCAACAGAUCCUCUUACUCAAAUGCUUUUGGCAGGGCCCCUUUUAGGCCUUUACCUAGGUGGUGCAUGGAUGGUGAAGCUAACUGGGCGAUGA